GUUAAAUUAUGAGCACGAUCUUAUAUAAAGGAGCUUGAUAGUAUAAGAAGAGUUGUAUUAGCGUACGUGCAGUGUAUAUUAAGGCAUGUCGCGAGAUGAAUGUCAUCUCGAUUCAUCUAUCAAAAAAAAAGAGUGAAAAUGGCAGUGAUACUUUCCACUUGACAUAAAUCUUUGACUAUUAUUAGAACUUCUGGCUAAACGCUUUCGCUUUAUCGUCAAUGAUCAUUCCUGGUACAAUGCACGCAGUACAGAGAAACUAAUUUGAUUUCAUCUAAAACUCGUGCGUGUAACGACACUUCUGCUUAAUGAAUCUCCGAGAAAUAUUUAUGUUUCAAACAUGCAUAUUUAUUGCCGGAAAUAGAUACUUUUCGGUCUUUAAAUAUUUUUAUCGCUGCGUUAUAAUUAUCUUGCAGCUAUAAUUGCAAGGAAUAAUUGCGGAAAAUUCGAAAAAUAUAGGGUAGAUAUAUAAAAAAACGUGCGAUAUUUCACUGUGUGAUAAAAUAACGCCAGCUUGCAAAUUUGUUCUGUCCGUGCAUUUAAUUAUAGCGAUAAUGUUAAUUAAUUCUACGAAAAGAUUAAGAUCAAACUCGAAAAAAAUUCUUACAUUUUCAUUUGUAUUAUAUGUGUGCUGAUGAGCGUACGUCAGAUACAGACGUAACACGCGUCAUCCUGGGCAUCACUACAGACGCAAGCGCUGUUGAACAUUAUGCCGUUAAAUUAUGAGCACGUUCUGAUAUAAAGGAGCUUGCGAGUGUAAGAAGAGUAGUAUCAGCGUACGUGUAGCGUAUAGUGAGGCACGUUGCCACGAGAUGAACGUCACUCUAAUUCCUUUCUUCCUAGGUCGCCGCCAACGUGAUCGUCAACGACACGUCAGAAUGGAAAUUAGGGCCGGAAUAUACGUACAACUUGAACAUGACAUACACAAUGAAAUCGGAUCCUCACGAGCCCGACCAAAUCAUGCAAUUAUUCUCUACAGUAAAGUGCCGUCCCAAAGUGCCGGACAGCCUGUUCUGCCAUUUGCAGAACUCCACGACCGUGAUGCCGCACAAGGAUGGCAAUAUGACACGCGAGGUCGAGACGGCGCAAAUGUUCGAGAUUAACUUCGACGAGCGCGGUGUGGGGGGUCUGAUGAUCGAGCCGCCGUCUCACAUGGAGGUCGUGAAUGUCAUCAGGAAGAUCGCAAAUCAGUUUAACGUGGGUGCCGAUCUGAAGCGCAAGAUCGGCAUGCCGCAGUUCAUGGCCAGGGAGAACUCGUCGAUGGGCGACUGCGCCACUGUGUACACAAUCACGGACGAGGCGAUCGAGACGGACGCGACCGAGCAAGGGGACACUGAUUUCCGUCUCGUCGUGUUGCUGAUGCCCGACGCGAAACCUGGUACGAUCCUCUCAAUCGAGAAAUCCAGGAUAGGAUGCAUUAAUCCACCGCGAUACGUCGAUUUCGCCACGGGAAUCUUAAAAAUGGGGAGAUUCUACAGCAAAAUACAAGUCAGCGAUAGAUUCGAAACUGUCACCGAGAUGGAUGGAAAAAUAAGAUUUCCAACUGACUCUACCGCAACUAGGAUGAUUUCGUUCAAGGAAAUGGUGCAGCUCAACUUAGACAACAUCAAACCCGCGAAAGACGAACUCUCGUCUAUUCCCUACGGUGAAUGGAUCGAUUUGAAUAUUAACACUGAUAUACCGAGCAACUUCAUCGAUUAAAACGGUAACAGAUUAUAGCGCUUAUGUUGUAUUCGUAGAUAAGUUAUAGAAUUUUCUGGUAUUGAAUAUUUAAUCAAGCGAAAUAAAAUUAUAAACAAAGAUUAAUAAAUGGCAUCCAUUAAA